UAUGUCAAGUUUCCGGGAACUGAAGCCUGCCAUCGAAGCCCAGCAUCCGAGCGCCUUGUACAUGUGGGACGUGUCUAUGGAUGCUUAUUGAACAUUUUCAUUUCUUCUCAUUGCAUGAUAUCACCAGCAACUAUGGGGAAGAAAAGCAAAAGUGAAAAAAAGGUGAAGGGAGCAGAGAAGACCGCUGCCAAAAUGGAGAAAAAGGUUUCCAAGCGGUCCAAACGUGAAGAGGAAGAUUUGGAGGCUCUGAUUGCUGAAUUUCAGAGUCUGGAUGCCAAGAAGACCCAGGUAGUUGAGACUGCAUGUCCCCCUCCAUCAGCAAGAUUAAGUGCAUCCCUUACUGCUCAUCCAGAGAAAGAGGAGCUCAUCCUAUUUGGUGGUGAAUUUUUUAAUGGGAAGAAGACAUACCUGUACAAUGAUCUGUUUUUCUAUAACAUUAAAAAGAAUAGCUGGCUCAAGUCAGAGAUCCCCAACCCUCCUCCCCCGCGCUGCUCUCACCAGGCGGUGGCAGUCUCUCAAGGUGGAGGCCAGCUGUGGGUGUUUGGAGGAGAGUUUGCAUCGCCAAACGGGGAACAAUUCUACCACUACAGGGACCUUUGGGUGUUGCACCUUGCUACCAAUACCUGGGAGAAUAUCAAAGCACCUGGUGGUCCAUCGGGUCGCAGUGGCCACCGGAUGGCCCUCAGCAGGAGACAGCUACUGGUCUUUGGAGGUUUCCAUGAGAGCACCAGAGAUUUUAUCUACUACAAUGACAUCUACUCAUUCUCCAUGGACGCUUUCUCUUGGUCACGCCUCUCUGUGUCAGGCAUUGCCCCCUCGCCACGCUCCGCCUGUCAGAUGACCCCUACUCCUGAUGGCUCCGGUAUCAUCAUCUAUGGCGGAUACUCUAAACUGAGACUGAAAAAGGACAUUGAGAAGGGUACAAUUCAUUCCGACAUGUUUCUCCUCAAGCAAGAGGGUAAAUCUGGCCAAGAGAAGUGGACAUGGUCCAGAUUGAGCCCGACAGGAAAUAAGCCGCCUCCACGUUCUGGCUUCUGCAUGGCAGUAGGUCCGGCGGGCCGCGCUGUGUUGUUCGGCGGGGUUUACGAUGAGGAGGAGGAGGAGACGCUGGAGGGGGACUUCUACAAUGACCUCUACUUGUUUGAUACAAUCAAGAACCGCUGGUAUCCUAGUCAACUCAGGGGUAACAAAACAGACAAGAAGAAACGUCGGAGAGGGAAGAAGGAUGAAGCUGGGGAGGAGGUGACAGAUGAGAAAGAAGAAAGCGCUUCCACGGGGCCAACUGAGGUCAUCAAGGAGAUUGUUACAGAAGACGGCACAGUGAUGACAAUCAAGGAAGUAAUCCCUGGAGCUCAGGAAGCAGAGGAGACAAAUGAGGGUGAUGAGGAAGAAGAGGAUGCAUCAGCCCUCGUGGAGCCCUGCCCACGCUCCAGUGCCAUGGCAACGGUGCGGCAGGGAAAGCUCUUCCUUUACGGCGGGAUGUUUGAGGUGGGCAGCCGCCAGUUCACUUUGAACGACUUCUACUGUCUGGACCUCCACAAGAUGGACCAGUGGGAGGUUUUGGUUGAGAUGGAUCCAAAGACCCAAGAAUGGCUGGAAGAAUCUGAAUCAGAGGACAGUGAUGAGGAGGAAGAGGCGGAAGGAGGAGCAGAGGGAGGGGAAGAGGAAGAAAAGGAGUCUGAUAAGGAAGACGAAGAUGAGCAUCCAGCUGCAAAGGCCGGGGAGACGCUGACUGAAUACCAGGCCCGCACUGAGCAGUACUGGAUGGGACUGGCUCACGCCAACAUGGGAGCAGAUGCUAAGGACAAAAAAGUUGCCAAAGUCGCCUUAGCCAUGGCCAAAGUCUUCUUUGAAGAGAACACGGAGGAUGCUUGAGCAACUUUGACCUUACUUUAUAUAUUAUAUUGUGUAUGUUUUCAUGCAGGAUAUAUCAAUGAACUUGUAUAAAUCUUCAAAUACUGUAGUAAUAUUUACUUUGAACACAAGGAAGAAAGUGCCUUGAAUCUCAAGCCAUUUUGUGUGGACUUUGCUGCUUCUGGGAACAAACUUGUCACGGUGAACAAUGUGUUCACAUUUCAUUUACACUGACAUCAGAAAUGAAGGACAUCUCAAAAUAUGUACUAGCCGACUUCUUAUCAGUCCAACGAUUCAAACUUUAACCCGCAUUAUUCAUGAUGGUCAGCAGAGGGCGACUGGUGCCUGCAGUCACAAGAAAAGCCUUACUAAUUGUGUUUUUGUCACAGUGAAAUGUGUAUGUACAGUAAAGAAAAGUAUUUGAACAUCAUAGUGGGGUCUGAAAUUUUCAUCGUAGCUGCAUGUCCACUGUGAGAGAUAAUCUAAAAAGAAAAAUCCAGAAAUCACAAUUAUGA